CCACCCCCCAAAUCACAGAGAUAACAUGGACGGAUUCUAUGACCAGCAGGUUCCAUUUAUGGUCCCACCCAGUCACAAGUCUCACGUGGACGAACCGUCACACAGCAGGCCUCUGAUCGACAGGAAAAGGAAGUUUGUGGACACAGAACUGGCCCAGGACACGGAAGAUCUCUUCCAAGACCUCAGUCAGCUGCAAGAGAUCUGGAUUGCAGAAGCCCAGGUGCCCGAUGACGAACAGUUUGUCCCAGAUUUCCAGUCGGAUAGCUUGAUGUUUCAUGGCCCGCCGCCAGCCAAGAUCAAACGAGAGCUGACUCCCUCCAAAGAGUUUUCCCCCUGUCGCCAGGACCGGAGUCCCAUGCCCUACGGAGAGAAGUGCCUUUACAGCUACAGUGCCUGUGACAGGAAGCCCACUCCCGGGUUCAAGCCAUUAACUCCCCCCUCGACGCCAGUCUCUCCAUGCGGCCCCACCAGCACGGCAGGAACGCACACACCCCCGCCUCACCCCCACGUCUCCAACCCGACCGCGGGCUCUCCCAACCAGCAAGUACUCCCGGUCCACAGCCCCCCCUUCGCCGUGCCCUGCGCGCCCCAGGAUGCCAACAACUUCACACCUGAGCACAGGUUCCAGCGGCAGAUGUCAGAGCCAUGUCUACCUUUCCCCCCGUCAGAGAGGCAAGGGCGCCCCCAGUUCUUGCCUCAGCCUCCCAGCAGCAGCAGCAACAACAGUCUGCCACGUGACGGCCGGCCGCCGUACCACCGCCAGAUGUCAGAGCCGCUGGUAGCUGUGCCGCCCCAGGGCUUCAAGCAAGAGCUCAUCGACCCACGAUACACGGAGCAGGGCGUCCCCAACAUGGGUCCCCCGGGCCCUCCGCGACAGGCUGCUUUCCACCUCAUGGCCAUCAAGCCGGAGCCGCGCGACUUCUGCUUCGACUCUGAAGUGCCUAACUGUCAGUCAUCGUUUGGGAGAGCGGGGAGCUUCUACCAAAAUAACCAUGAAAGCUUCUCCUUCGACAGAGAUCAUCAGCUGUACUUUGACGAUACCUGUGUGGUCCCUGAAAGAUUAGAAGGCAAAGUGAAACAGGAACCCUCUGUCUAUCGGGACGGCCCUCCCUACCAGCGCCGGGGCUCCCUGCAGCUCUGGCAGUUCCUGGUCACGCUACUGGACGACCCGGCCAACGGCCACUUCAUAGCGUGGACCGGCCGCGGCAUGGAGUUCAAACUCAUUGAGCCCGAGGAGGUGGCGCGUCGCUGGGGCAUCCAGAAGAACAGACCGGCCAUGAACUACGACAAGCUGAGCCGCUCGCUCCGCUACUACUACGAGAAGGGCAUCAUGCAGAAGGUAAAGGUGGCCGGUGAGAGGUACGUGUACAAGUUUGUGUGCGACCCCGAGGCUCUCUUCUCCAUGGCUUUCCCCGACAACCAGAGGCCCAACCUGAAGGUGGACCCGGACAGCCUGCCGGGGGUGGACGACGACACCGUGCCCCUCACCCACUACGAGGAAAUGGCCCCCUACCUGCUGGACGCCGGGGAGCAGUGUGUGGCAGGCCUGCCCUUCCCAGACGGCUACGGCUACUAACAAGCAGCGGGAAAGCAGGAGGAGCGGGGGGGGGUGGUACCUGACGCACAACACACAUGCACACGCAAACACUCCCCAAAAGCCUCUCGACGCCCACUCUUAAAAAUCCAGAGCUGGAACUUGCUGAGCCGCCUGGAAGGAACGCCUCGCGCUCUCGCUCCUUCGUGGUUUGCUCUCCGGCUCCAAUGGAAAACCUUCAUAAAACUCUGUAUGCUCCCAAGCUAAGAAUAAAUGAGGGGAAAAGCCUGCGACAGAUCUACUCCAGCGGCAUCGUAUGAGAGAGAGAGAGAGAGAGAGAGAGGGUUGUGAAACUCGUGAGGGUGAACUGGACUGCAAAAAGGGGCUGCGAGGCCACACGCCGCCAUCUUUAAAAGACAGAGCCCCCUCUUUGCACGAGACUGCAAGAGUUGUUGCAUUUCUGAUUUUGUGACAAUCUGCUUUUCUUAAAAACAAUCAAGUAACCAAACCGAGUAAAAAAAAAAAAAUUUUAAAAAUCGAAUGAGAUACUCUAAAUGCAGCACUAUUCUAUCGUUGCCUUUUUGGUUCCCCCCCAUUUUCAUGUCGCCACAUCUGAACUACAAGAUCCGUGAAAGGGCUUUAAUUUGCAAAAACGGAUUGACAAACAAACACACAACAUAUUCUAAAACCACAGAUCUGUUUUCUGUAGAUAGACCUUUUUUCUGUUUGUUUUUUAAAUGCCAGCUGUUUUACCAUUUAGUUUGAGACCCAGAGCUCUCAGGUUUCUGGGGCGUUGCUGUAUUUCAGGCUCGUCGGUUGGGCUGCUCUCAUUUGUAAAUGUGUAAAACUUUAAUCGUUCUGCCCGUGUGUACGGGAUUGUAUCCGCUCCCUUCAGACGCCCACAGUCGAUACAGUGCGACUCCUCUCAUGACUGCUCAUCACUGCUGGGUCCUCAAAAGUUCAGAGAUGAUUAGCACUCCAUCUCCUCCACUCCAAAAGGGACGCAUACACCAAGUACAUAUUCUCCCAGAGGUGUUAAUUCAUUAAGAGCAGAAGUCGUCUAUGAUAAAUGGUCCCGUUGCUCUUCAUUUUAUUUUGUAUUUCAGUCUGGGUGCUUGAUGUUUUCUUGGCCGUGUACUAGUUCCUCUGAUGCACCAGUAUGGCCGGAGCAUCGGGAUGUUGCAUGCAAGUAAAAAAUAAACUAAAUAAAGAAGGGUGACCUUCUUCUGGACGCCUCUCCGCCGGUCACACGUCGUCAACGGGAGACUUCUGCUUCUCUUUGCAUGGUGUAAUCAGUCAAGACUGUGUCCACUAACAUAUCGCUUUAACUGUCUUUGGACAAAGAAGAUAUUUGUGAUAUUCUCUGCAUUUUUUAAUUUUAUUUUGUUGUGUUUAUUAUCUAUGUUUCUGAAUGGGGAGGGGGUGGGGGCGAAGACAAACGUAUAUAAAGUAUAUAUUUUUGCUAUAAGGCUGCAUUUGUUUUGAUUUUAAUGUAUAAGCUGUUUAGUUUAGGCUCUAAUAGACAUGUACCUUUUUAAAAAAAAAAAAAACAAUCCUUAUGAUGCUACUACUGCAGACUGUUUCUUUAAGGUUGGAGAAUGGAUGAGAAGAUGAUAUUACCUUGCCUGUAAAGUGUGUGUGUGUGCGAGAGAGAGAGAGAGAGUGUGUUUGUGUGUUUUUAAAGGCCGAAGUUCCACCAAAGGCCACAGUGACGACACACAUUAUAUCAUGGGAUCCACUCCGAGCAGCAGGGAUCGUCUGCACUUGUAUAGGCUUCAGUUCCCCUCCCCUCACAAUGUGUUUCUUACACUGCUGAGUUUAUGAUAAUCUGUACUGGGUACAAUAAACGCUCCUUUAUGCUUCAC